UUGAGGAAGACGAUCGGGUGUUAUUGCUGGCUUCUAUGUGAAGUAGUUAGGCUGGACACUUAGCUGGAAGAAGCGACGUUCAAAGGAAGUGCUGGAGAAAUAAAUACCAUCUGUCAAAGCCCCCGGUGCUGAAGAGAAAAAGGAGAUCUGUCUAAAAUAAUGCUUAAUCCAUUAAGGGUUUACGGUCAAAAACUGAAAAGCUGGAUCCCAUUAAGUAAAAUCUGCUUGUGAAAUGAAUACCCUGUUGGGCACGUUUCGCUCUGUGAGGAAUAUUUAACAUAAAAGAACAUUAUGAUAUAUACAACAGCUUUUGGUUUGCCUAUAUUAAUGAAAAGUGCCAGUAGAAUUCUUCCCUGCUGUUCUUCAUACUUGUGUCUAAGACUGACAGCUGUAAGAUACUGCACAAUAAAUGGCAAAAUGAAAUCUAGAAGAAAAUCAGAUCAUCUGGAGAGAACAGCAAAAGACUUUCGACAUGAGAUUAUUUCUAAAGCAAAAGUGUGUGGCAUCAGUAAUGAAUCUGAAACAGUUAAAAGACUUCGUUUGACAGUGACGGAUAAGGAAUUUACUUUUAAGGCAGGACAAUGGGUAGACUUCUUUAUACCUGGAGUUCCUGUAGUUGGUGGAUUCUCAAUAUGUUCAAGUCCUGGUAUGUUGGAAGAAGAGGGAAUAUUAGAACUUGCAGUAAAACAUACAACACACCCACCCGCCCACUGGAUUCAUACUCAGUGUGCUCUUAAUUCAGAAGUGGCUUUACGAGUUGGAGGCAACUUCUUUUAUGAUCCUCAGCCUGAAGACAUUCCAGCAAACGUUAUGCUCAUAGCAGGUGGAGUAGGCAUUAAUCCUUUAUUUUCUAUACUGCUCCACAUUGCAGACCUUCACAGAACUGAAGAGAAGAAAGGAAGUGGUUGCAAAGUGGGAACAACCAAACUCUUUUAUUGUGCAAAAAAUGCACAUGAACUUCUGUUCAGGAAACAGAUUCUUGGUUUGACAAAUGCAUUUCCUGGAAAGAUCACAUGCAGUUUCCACGUUACCAAGCAGAAUUCGCCAAUUUGUGAGAAACUUCUGCCUUACAUCAAGGAAGGAAGAUUAUCUGGAAGUGACCUAGAAAAAUGUAUCUCCAAGAAUACUUUGUGGUACAUUUGUGGACCACCUCCAAUGAUAGAAUCCAUCUCCAAGCUGCUUGAAAACCUUGGGGUGGUUCAGAACAAUAUUUUCUUUGAAAAGUGGUGGUAGCACACCCAGUACCUCUCCAGGCAAAAUAAAAAUGAAGACAUAAUAUAUGCAUUCUUGCUGAUGAACACUGAGAGUUUAUUAAAUCAAGAAAUUACAUUAACAGAAUUAACGGUAGCAAUCCAAAAACAGAAGCCAAAUAAGACCUCCAGGCCAGACGACUUACCAGGAGAAUUAUAUCAAAAAUUAGGAGAAUUAUUGGAACUAGUAUUACAGGAAGUAUGUAAUGAGGCCUUGUUAAAUGCAAAAAUACUGGAAUCGUGGAGGGAAUCAUAUAUUACCUUGAUACGGAAAGAAGGUACCGAUGUUAAUCAAAUCAAAAAUUAUAGACCAAUAUUGCUCUUGAAUGCCGACUACAAAAUUUUUAUGAGUAUUAUUGCAGGAAGGACAAAAAAGAUUUUAAAUGAAAUUAUACAUAGUGAUCAGAAUGGAUUUCUACCACAAAGACAAAUAAGAGACAAUAUUACAAUAGU